AUGUCUGCAUACAAUAAUUGGACGAGUGGAAUCAGUACUACACUAAGCGCGUGUACUUUCCCCACUUCGUCUUCUGUAACCCACGGUGGAACAAAUGAUGAAACUUCACAAAGUGAAGGGAGCUUUAUCACAACUAUACUAUCUGACAAGGAAUUAUUACGAGAUGCUUUAAAGUCUAUUUUAAGCACAUAUGUUUAUCAGUGUAGUUUAAUCUGUGGUUUUAUACGAGAAUCUGAAUCCAUAUAUUUAUUGCAUAAAUAUGAAAUAUAUAAAAGUGUACAAAUUCCCAAGACUGAAUUUCACGCCAUGCAUUCAUUAAUAUUUCAAAAGAUUAGUCAACAUCGUUCAAGUAUGACAUUAGAUUUAUACAUUGAUAUCUGUUUACCAGCAUUAGCUAAUUCAAUAUGCAAGCGAAGGAAAUGUGAGUUUAGUCCUUACGACCUGUAUAGAAUACUGCUGUCCUUAUCAUUAGUUGAAAAUCAAAAAAUUAGUUAUACAAGAACUAAAUACGAUGGGAUGAAAGAAAUUAUGCGACUGUUUACAAUAACUAGUAGAGAAUAUACAUCUAAAGCUCGUGGACUCAAAACACGUAAAAGUAAACAGUAGAGAUCUCAAGAAUUAUAAAUUUAUAUAUUUCAAUGUACAUAAAUUUGGUGCCAUGUUGGUGCACUGUUGAACAACCUGAAACUUUGCCCUGGAAGAAAGAAUAACUGAAUUUCUUUCAACUUCAUGUUAGAAGUCAAAGAUGAUGACAAUCCAUUUUAAUAAUACAUGAUUGUACGGUUACAUGAAAUGAACAAUGUUCAUU